AUGAGUCAACCGAACCCUUACAUCCUGGCCGCCGAUAACCCUUCCGCUGUUCUGGCGCUGCUACGGUCUAAUCCCUCCAUCGCAUCCAACCAAGACGAGCAUGGAUAUUCGCUACUCCACGCAGCCGCAUCAUACGGACAUAUUGAUUUGCUACGUGCGUUGGUGAAGGAGUUCCAAGUGGAUGUAAACCUACUUGACGAGGACGGUGAGACUUGCCUGUUCGUGACGGAGACGGUCGAUAUCGCCAAAUGUCUCGUCGAAGAGUUGGGCGUGGACUACAAUCGCAAGAAUGAUGAAGGGUGCACGGCGCUGGACAACAUUGAGACCGAAGGCUUAUUUCCGGAAGUCACCGCAUAUCUUCGACAGGUGAUGGGGUUCCCAGCGUUGACGACUGCAGACCAACCGGCGCAUGCUUUAAAUCCAGCUCCGCCAUUACCCCCGAAUAUCCAAGUGAACCUGGGGACAGUAUCGGAGCAGGAAGCUAGCGCUGGGAUCGAUCAGGUGGAUCCGGAAUUCAAGCGCAGGAUUGAUGAGCUGGCUGCCCGGGAAGAUUUCCACAGCGAAGCGACGCAGAAUCAACUGCGCGAAUUGGUCAUGGAUGCCAUCAGGGGGUCGAACAUUGAUACGCAGGAUCGGGAGGUACGGCGCAGAGUGGAUUAA